UGAGAUCAAGAUGGGUGUGAAGAGAAAGAGAGUAGAAAGAGGAAAAGAAGAAGAAGAAGAGGAUGAUCUAUUGAAACUGAAGCUGUGGAGUGAUACAUGGGAUGUGAUGAAGAAGCUGAACAAGAGUGACCUUGAUCAUCACCUGAGAAGAGUUAUACUGCCAUCUGAUCAGGUGAGGAAACAUGUUCUCCCAUUCCUUUCAAAAUCUGAACGACAGGAAGUGGAAGGGAAGAAUGAAGGACUGAAUGUGCAUGUGGAUGACUUAAACACUGGAAGUUACUAUUUUCUGAGUUUCAAGAAGUGGAAAAGCAACGGUUCCUACAAACUGGGGCGGGACUGGAUUCAGGAGUUCGUGGUCAAGAGACAACUUCGCAAGGACGACAUGAUUGGAAUGUGUUGGAACCAAUCCACCAGGGGUUUCUGUUUUUCAGUCAUUAAGAGAAGUCCGGCUUAUCCUCCACCAGAUCCUUCUCUCUGCGAAUUUGCACGCAAAAACCUUCGCCUCAGCCCGCCUACACCUGAUUUGUUCAUAGAUGCAUUGGAGAGCUGACCAUGCAAACACUGAAAAACAGAAGCAGAAUUGGGUGCGGUGGUUGCUGUUAGAAAUACAUAAGAAACUGAUGAUCAUGGAUUUCUUUCCAUUUUUUGCUUUCUUUUGUAAUUCUGUUUUUCAUAUACAGAUUAUUCAUUGAUUGAUUUUGAUUAAACAUAAA